AUGGGCCUUCCACAUGAUGUUCAUGAAAUAUUGAAAGUAGGAGUGACUGUUGAACGUUAUGUAAGCUUCAGGAAUGCUCGACCAUGGGUGACACAUGCUUACAAGAAUGUGAAGGGAAGAGGAGUUCGCCAGACAACUGAGGUGGAUGAUGCUGACAGUGAGUCUCUCCAAGAGCUUUUGUCAAACCCUCUUGGCUACCGAAACACUAGCGUCCCAGCUCCAGGGCCAACAGGGGAUGCUACUCCGAUCCUUGAAUCAACAGGCAUAACCUCCACAGUCACAGCAUUGACCUCUGACCUGAAGGAUAAAACUAGCACGAGUGAUGAAGUAACAGCUUUCAGUACCACAGAAAAUCAACAAGAUUUGAAAGAAAGUGGACCGACAUCAUCUGGUUUACAAAGCCUAGAUACCACUGUACUGGACAGAGGUCAUCAGUCAGGUGAGGAAACAUCAACCGUCAAUCUAGGAGAAAGUGCUGGGCGGCCAAAACGAGUGAGGGAGCAAACGAAAACAAACGCCUCUGCAGUAAGCAGCACGGCCACACCCAAACCAAUUAGUACUUACCAGAGGGUGAGACUGAUCUGUUCUCCGUGGAGGAAGCCAGAAGGAAACCUUAACAAACCCUUGUUUAAAACCAUGGUCGAGUCAAUGAUGUUCAAAAUAAUGGCUUCCCCGGGCAUCAGUUUCCAAACCUUGUGUGACAACUAUACCCCAUUCAACCCACCCUUCUUAAAACAACAGAUACUCCAGAUUCUGGAAGACAUCAAGGCUAUUGAAAAGAGCAUUAUAAGACGACAAAUCAAGCCAACUCUCUUUAGUAAGCGUGUCAGUCCACAACCAGGUAAAAUACAUAAAGAAAAUGAUACAGUUGUGUACUUCCCAACCAAAGUAUGCAUAACAAGACUUGGACAGUUCAUGGAGUACAUCAGUAACUGCUGAUGUCACAAACAUUGGAUACUGGGCAGUUCAUGGAGUACAUCAAUAACUGCUGAUGUCACAAACAUUGGAUACUGGGCAGUUCAUGGAGUACAUCAGUAACCGCUGAUGUCACAAACAUUGGAUACUGGGCAGUUCAUGGAGUACAUCAAUAACUGCUGAUGUCACAAACAUUGGAUACUGGGCAGUUCAUGGAGUACAUCAAUAACUGCUGAUGUCACACACAUGAGAUGCAGGACAGAUUAUGGACUACAUCAGCAUAAGUUUAUGUCCUACACAAUUGAUGCUGGCGGUUUUUAUGACAUACAUCUGUAAAUGUUGAUGUUACCAGAAGUCAUGUUAUUUAAUGUAUCACUGACACGUCUGAGCUUUUAUAGGAAAAUAGAGAGGAGUAAGGAUAUUUAACAAUCGGACUACAUUUUUUAUGCCAUUUAACUGAAUU